AUGCCUGUUCUGAAAGGCCUCUCGAGCAGUGUCAUCGUGAAGUUCAAGGCACAGGCCGUGAUGGGAGGCAUUCCUGUUUUGCGUCUCCUAUCGCAGCAGUGCAGUAAGCAGCAGGAAGAGGCCAGGGUGGUACUGCGUGUCAUAGUGAGCUCAUUACGUUACCUCUGCCGCACAGGCCAAGCUCUUCGAGGGCGAGGUAAAGGUGACGGAAAUUUGCUCGAUUUGCUCGAAGAGAGAUCCGAGAAUGUUCCGGCGCUUAAGACAUGGCUGACUAAGAGGGACAAAUGGAUCAGCGGGGACGUGCAGAAUGAACUUAUAGAGAUUAUGGCCCAUACUGUACAACGAGAGAUCGUAAAGGACGUGAAGUCCAGUCCGUUCUACGGCAUCAUCGCUGAAGGCACUACCGACAUAAAUGGUGACGAGCAGUUCACCUUUUGUGUGCGGUGGGUGCUGAGCGAGACGCUUGAAGUUCGAGAAGAGUAUCUAGGCAUGUAUAACGCGCCUGACAGCAGAGCCGACACGUUAUACUCGGCCAUCAAGGACAUGAUCUUGCGCCUCGGCCUUGACUUUCACUGCUUACGUGGCCACUGCUUUGAUGGGGCGGCGAAUAUGUCAGGCCGUUUUUCAGGAGUGCAGAAAAGAAUUGGGGACUCUGAGCCAAGGUCUCUAUACGUACACUGCAGCAAUCACUGCUUAGAUCUGGUACUGCAGGAGGCUAGCAGGAGCUGUGACAUAAUUGGAGACGCUCUCAGCACUGUUAAAGGCGUUUCCAAUGCGAUCCUUGACUCCAAGAAGCGCAAAAGUGUUUAUGCAGACGUAGUAAUUGCUACAGGAUGUGAGGCGGCUGUGGAGACCGGAUCAAGGCCGAACAACUUGCUUCCGCUUUGUCCAACGCGAUGGACCGUUAGAGUAAAGUCAAUGCAAAGGUUCGUUGAGAAAUACGCCAGAGUACAAGAGACACUCAAAGUGUUCUUGCAGACAGCAGAUUCAGUGACCACCAGCAGCAAGGCAAAUUUGAAGGGCUACGAAAGACUUUUGCAGAAAUUUGAAACGCUGCUAGGUAUCAACAUUUCCGUAGCAUUAUUCGGGCCUUGUGAAGAACUCGCAAGGGCUCUUCAGAGCUCCACAUAUCGCGCCGCAGGUGCGAAAGAGGCAGCAGAGGCUCUCUGCGAGGCGAUCUCCCGACUGCGCUCUGGAACCGCGUUUGACGAGUUGUGGGAGCACACGAGCACAACUGCAGCUCAACUAGGCCUGAAAGAGCCUCGUAUCUCAAGGCCUUCAAAACCGCCUAUGAGGUACGAGGCAACCGACAGGCCUGCUCAGCCAGUUGCACUUGACACUAAAGCCGCACUGCGCAAGGAGUAUUUCACUGCUGCCGACCGAGUCAUAAGCGAAACAAGGCAGCGCUUUCAGCAGCCUGGCAUGGAGCAGCUCGUAAAACUAGAAGACAUCUUAAUCAGUGCCGCUGGGGGACUUCAGUUUACAGCAGAUAAACUAGAGACGGCUUUGGGGGUGCAUGCAGUCGAUUUUGACCUUUGGUGA